GGGGACGCUAUUGAGAAAACGACAACCGGUCCGCGGCACCGCUCGUUGGUCCGAGUUUGUAACCCCCUUUCAUUUUACCAAAAAUCUCUAUGGCAUUGAACAUGGAGCAACCCGUCAUCAUCAUAGCGAUGGUCGGUCCAAAUUUCUUCCUCGGAAAAGCUAUAUAACUCGUCCCACAGGGUGUGUCUGGAACAGGAAAAUCCACGCUAGGUUCCGCGCUCGCCGAAUCACUGGGGCUCCCGUUCAUCGAUGGAGACGAUCUCCACCCUCCAACGAAUGUAGUCAAGAUGUCGUCAGGACAGCCAUUGACUGAUGCAGACCGAGAACCAUGGCUGGCGUUGAUCCGCAAGACGGGCACAGAGAAGGUGCCAGUGGUGAUGGCGUGUUCUGCGUUGAAGAGACACUAUCGGGAUAUUCUGCGGGGGAAGAAUGGGACCGAGAAGGCACCAAGAACAUAUUUUGUGUAUAUCAAAGGGUCCCGCGAGGUCUUGUUGGACCGAAUGCAGAAGCGACAGGGCCAUUUUUUCAAGGUGGACAUGUUGGACAGCCAAUUUGAGGCAUUGGAGAGUCCAGAGGGCGAAGAAGGCGUGGUUACGGUGCCGCUGGAAGAUUCGACACAGGCACAGGUAGAAAAGGCGAAGGACGAGUUGGUAAAGAUAGUAGCAUAGAUUAUUAGAUUAAUAUACAAAGGUAACCGGCAAUUCCCGAAGGGGACGCGUAUGCAGGACGCGUCUACGAAGCUCAGAUCUCACCCUCACCACUUGUAAGCCAUGG